GGUUGCUAUGCCAGGUCUGGAUCUGCAGCAAGGAGCAGGGAGGGAUCAGGUCGUCGUCCCCUCCCCAAAUGCUGAGCAGAUUCUGAUCCUUGCAGAUCCAUUCUACUUUCAAAAGCACACAAUCCAGGGAGAGGCCUAGCUGAGAAGGGUGUCAUUCAUUCCCACCAUUUUCUGUUGGAAAAAAUCACCGACCAAUCAGCUGAUAUGAAAAUGGAGGACCAAGGUACCACAGUAGGGGGAUCACCAGUGGGGGUAGUACAACCCCCUCACGUCCUCCAAGCUGGCAGUAUUGGGGUUUUCCUCCAAAGGAUACCAGGGGAACAAGUUAAAGAGGAAUCAGUUAAAGAGAAGGGUUCACUUCAGCAAUGGGAAACCCAGUGGCAGGAGUUCCUUAGGACCAUAGAGUCCCCUACUUCACAUUGGACAAUUCCACUAUGGCCUAAAAAAUCUUCACCCUGGGAAGAUGCCAAGGCCUUUCUGGCCUCCUUUGAGCAAGUGGCCGAAGCCUGUUGGUGGCCCAGAGAUGACUGGGUGAUCCGACUCCUGCCGGCCCUCAGCGGAGAAGCUGCAAAGGCCUUUAACAAUCUCAGUGCCAAAGACAAAGAGGAUUAUGGGAAGGUGAAGACAGCCAUCUUGCGAGGGGACGCCCUGAGCCAGGAGAAGCAGCGCCAACAGUUCAGGCGUUUCUGCUACCAAGAGACUGAGGGGCCGCGAGGGGCUUACAGCCGAUUGCGGGAAAUGUGUCGUGGGUGGUUGAGAGUGGAGAAUCACAGCAAGGAGCAGAUUCUGGAACUCUUGAUCCUGGAGCAGCUGCUGAGCAUUCUGCCCCCUGAUAUCCAGAGCCAGGUGAGGGAGAGAGGCCCCGAGAACUGUUCUCAUGCAGUGGCCCUGGCCGAGGAGUUCCUCUUCAAGCAGGAGAAACAGGUGCCUUUGGAGGAGGCAGCUGGAAGUGUCUCCAAGGCAGGCUGGGCUUUGUCUGAGAGUGAGCAGAGGCAGCUUUCAGGGGAUAUCAAGGAAGAGCCGGAUGGACAGGCAAACCUGAUAGCAGGUGAUGUACAGGAAAAUGAAAAUGAUAUGGAACUCCAGGCUUUAUCAUUGGACGAAGUUAAGAAUGAAGAUUUGAAAAUAAACUUUGGACCAAAGAAGCAUGAUGGGAAUUGCACAACUGAGUGGAAUGAGAAUCUCAUUUCUUGUCAAGGAGGGGAAUUCCAGGAAAUCCCAAUCCAAGAAGAAAAGGCAACACAGAAUGGAAGGACCAAAGGUCUCACAGCUCACCUGAAAAUCCACAAAGGGGAAAAUCAAAAGGAAACUGUGGAGUUUGGGAAGAGCAUUAGUCAGAACGUCAAUCUUGUUGCACGUCAACAAAUCUGUUCAACAGAUAAACCAUAUAAUUGUUCACUGUGCGGAGAGAGCUUCAGUUGGAGGAUAGCUCUUACUUGGCAUCAAAGAAUUCACAAUGGGGACAACCCUCCCAAAAUUCCAGCAUGUGAAAACAGCUAUAGUGGGCUAUCACAUUAUGAAGAGCAUCAGAUGAUCCCCACAGGAGGGAAACCAUCUCAGUGCUCAGAAGUUGAAAAGAGUUUCAGUGACCAUGUAAGCUUAACUGCACAAGAAAGAGCAGGUGCAGUAGAGAGACCUUAUGAAUGCCCAGAGUGUGGAAAGAGGUUUCGUUGGGCAUCACACCUUCAGCAGCAUCAGACACUUCACACAGGGGAGAAACCAUAUGAGUGCUCAGAGUGUGGGAAGAAGUUUACCCGGACAUCAACCCUGCGACAGCAUCAAAGAAUCCACACUGGAGAAAAACCUUAUGAGUGCUCCGAGUGUGGACAGAAAUUCAGUUUCAGUUCUCUCCUUCAACGGCAUGAAAAGAUCCACACUGGAGAGAAACCGUAUCAAUGUGCAGAAUGUGGGAAGGCCUUCCGUCACUGCUUAAGCCUCACAGUGCAUCAAAGAGCGCACACAGGGGAGAGACCUUACACAUGCUCAGAGUGUGGAAGUAGUUUUAGUCGCAUAACACACCUGCAACAACAUCAAAAUAUCCAUACAGGAGAGAAACCUUAUGAGUGCUUAGAGUGUGAGAAAAAAUUCUGUUCCCCAUUUCAUCUUCAACAGCAUCAAAGGAUCCACACGGGGGAGAAACCUUAUAAAUGUUUAGAGUGUGGGAAAAGUUUCAGCCACUGCAUAAGCCUCACUGCGCAUCAGACAACUCACACAGGGGAGAAACUUUUCCAGUGCUCUGAGUGUGGAAAGAAAUUUAAUUGGAUAUCAUCUUUGAGAAAGCAUCAAAGAGUCCACAUGGAGGAAAAACCUGAGUGCUGAAAGAGCUUCAGUUCCCCAUCCCACCUUCAAUGGCACUAGAGAAUCCACAGGGGGAAAGACCACAAUAAAUGUUCAUAGUCUGGAAUAAUGUAAGAUGGGACCUAAGACUUCAGCAGCAUCAAAGGAUCCACAGUUUUCUGCCUAAUUGAACCUUGUGAAGCACCAAGUUCAUUCUGGAGAAAAGGCAUGUAAACGUUACAUGUGUGGAAAAGAACAUCUUGGCUGUCCUUAACUAUCAAAGAACUCAUAUGAGAGGAACUGUGAAAGUGCUCCACAUGUAGGAUUGACUUCUCUCAGUGCAUGCUUAUUUAUUUUUUUAUUUGUAGGCCCCCCCCCCCCCACCAUCUUACUGGGACUCAAGGCAGAUUCCAUAGGACAAGUCAAAGGAGCAAGAGGCAUCCAACAAACAGUGCAAGAGGACCAGGAUCCCAACAAUUAGAAAAAUUGUGAAAAAAAAUCAGAUAUCAUCUAUAUAAAUGAAAGCCUUUUGUCUAUGCAACUGCAUUUGUAGCAGGCAUAAUUCAUCAGAAAAUAAACCAAGAGCCUCAGAAUUGGCUACUGGGUUCAAGAUGA